CGAUAGAAGUUUGCAGUCAUGUCAAUACUGAUCAGAACGCUAGAAGUGUCGGCGUUGCUGCUGUUGCUCCUAGUGCAGAUGCAGUGCAUCCAUGGGAACUCCGAAGUGGCACAGCAGCCGUUGCUGCGACUAAACGAAAUACUUACAAACAGGAUCACUAACAUGUUGAGCAAAUAUAAGGAUUUGAGAAAUCAAUCAGACAACAAGGAAUCUCUGCAGCAAUAUAAACGCCUGGCAAUGGCAGCUGGUCUCCCUUUUGCUCAGCUGGAUGAGAAGAUAAGGGCUUAUAACGCAUAUCUGGCACACGACAUGAUGCUUCAGCGAAACGAACUCGCAAGUUUAUUUGGCAACAGCAGCUCUGCGAAUAGGAUAGCUCCCGAAUCCAACACAGCCUUCGAGCAACGGGUCGUCAACAUUUUGAAAAGACUGGGUGUCUAUGAUAGGUUUACGGAGCGCGUUUUCAGAGCCAUAUUCAGCGAUGAGCAGCAAUUGAUGAAGCUAAAGAAGCGACUCGAGGAACUGGACGAUGACGAGGAUAACAGCCCGGAUUGUUAUUUGUGGGAUGCCGUAUUCGGUUUGUUCUAAGAAUGCUGCCCAAGUCUUUAUAUUUAUAUUCAUUACUUAAUUAGCCGGCUAUAUAUUGUGAAACACAUAUUUGUUGCUGCUGCUUAAGCCAAAUUUUAAUUAUUGAAUAUAAGCAAUUGUUAAGUUCAGAUUGCCGAGUAAAACAUUGCGUUAAUUGCAA